GACCAGACUUUUUUUAUGCAAAAAUGUUACAAUGUAAACUGCAAAAGGAGUGUGUGUUUAUUUAAACAUAUAUACAGGCUGCAGUACCUCAGCAUAAGCGCUGUCAGCUGGUUUGACAAGUCAGCUGAUUAUCGUACUGUCGUGUUCUUAGCGUUUGAAUACAACAUGAAAAUCACAAGGAAUCAUCAAUUUGCUAUUUCAUACUUUCAGUUUUGAAAUUAUGUGCUAUUACAUUUGAAGCCUUUUAAAUUUAUGAAUUUGUAUGAGCUAAAAAUUACACAAUUUUUUUGUCUCUUAUUUCAAUCCAAAUUACGGCUGAAAAUAAUACGUCCAUAAUGACGUCUUUGGGAAAAUUAGUUUUCAUUGAUCAGCGGACUGGUGACGAUGAUUCGUAUUUGACGGCAGAAGAUCAGAGAUUAACUUUAGCGUAUGAGAAUUUGGAAGAGAUGCCACAGAAUCUAGUAUACAACUUUGGAAGUUUUGUCCGUAUACUUGACCUGAGUCAUAACAAGUUCAGGUUGUUUGUCAUAUCAUGGUUUCCUAAUUUGAUACAUCUCGAUGAUAGAGCAGUAACUGAAGAUCAGAAAAAUGAGGCUCAUCGAUUGUUUAGAAGACCAUUUCUUGAGAGAUUGUCAAUUUCAACCUCACGAUCCUCUUAUUUACGAGUUAUUCAAGAGAAAUUUGUGAGCUUUUUUGGGAGUGUUGAAAGAUACUUUCCUAAUGCACAGAAUGCUCGAAAUACAGUUAUUUAAACUAUUGAUCUUAAGUAUUCUGUGAUGCCUUUGCACAGGUUUCUUUUUCGAUCAGGUAAUAAGAAGGUAAUGUGUAAAUUAUUGUGAACAAAAUGUUUAAUGCCUUUUAUUGGUGCCUUUUACUUAGGCAAUUUUGUAUGAUUAUAAAUUGUCAAAGUUAAAUUUUUGUCAUAUUCUUGCACACUGGUUAAUGUGCACAUCUGAAUUAACUUGUUUAUAAUUUUAUAAAUGAAGAUUUUAUUAUGUCAAGAAUCUCUAUAUGUAUAUUUGUAAUAUUCAUUGUUUGUUAUAUUUUUUAAUAUUUUUCACAUUUUUGUAAAUGAUGUGUAUGCUUGACAAGUAUUAUAUAUGUAAAUAUGUAUUCAGUAAAUCCGAUCUUUUAUUUUAGGAUCUAAGAAACAAUUAGGACACAAAGUUUUUUUGAAUUAUUACUUUAUUCAGUCAAUAAUAUAAAUAACAACACAGUUCUUAUGCAUUUAAAGGUCAACUCAGAACUUUUAAUGUUCUUAAAAAACAAUAACAAAAGAAUGUUUAAAAAUAAGUUUAUAAAAAGGUGUGACACAUUCACAUAGUAACUGGAAUGAAUUUUCAUAAGUCUAUUUAUAAAUAAGUCUAGUCUGUCAACUAAAGUACUAAUAAUACUAAUACAUUAACUUAAUUUAUUUAUCUCAAUUAACAACAUUAGGAGCAUUUUGGCCAUCAAGUUUCUUCAUCACUUGUAAUUUACAUCUCUAUUAGCACACAGUAGUCAAAAGAAGUUCAUACAAAAUCUCAUUAAUUUUCUAUUUCUUGUAAUCAAAAUGAUGUGUGUGAGAAUCUCUCCACAACUCCAAGUUGACCACAGGAAUGGAAUCGUAGUCAUGACAAGGAACAAUUUGAUUGCUGUGGAAAAAAAUUAAAUAUUUAGUUUUGAAUUAUGCAAAUAUUUUGCUGCAAUUGCUUUGUUCAACAUAAUCAAAGAGAUCAUACCCAGGAGAUAACUUCUUAAAACCUUUUGGCUGCAUGGAAUAUAUUUCAUCACCAUUGUCGCAAAAUAAUCUUGAUAUACUUGCCUUCCUGAUUUCAUUGAGUUGUUCUACAACCACAAAGAUAUUGUUAAUGACACUCAUGUUUUUAUGAUAAUGAUUACAUUUUCUUUGGUUAACAAUAAAUUUAAUCAUUGACACUUGCUGUUAAA